AUGCCCCUGUCCGUCAUUGAGGAGCAGCGCAACAUCAUCCUUCAAGAGAUCAAGAACAUCACAAAAGGCGACUGGAAAUGCCUGAUUGUCGACACGAACUCCAAAAAGAUUGUCGACAACUGCGUGAACGAAGAUGCCAUCCUCAACAUUAAUAUUGCGAACAUUGAGCGGAUCGAGGAUCGUCGCGAGCAAAACCCCGACAUGGACGCCAUCUACAUCCUCUCCCCCGAACCGCACAUUGUCGACUGUCUCCUGCACGACUUCAGCACACGAAAAUACCGGUCUGCAUUUCUUGUCUGGACAAAUCUGCUGCCCGCGGAACUGAGGCGCAAGAUUGACGAGUUUCCAGGUGUGCGACAGCUGCGGUCCAGUACCAAAACGCUCUUCAUCGACUUCUACCCCCGCGAGUCGCAUCUAAUCACCUUCCGGGAUCCGUGGAGUUUCCCCGUUCUAUACCACAGAAAAUGCGACUCGCUCGUCGCCGCGCAUCUCAAGACGACGGCGCAGAGGAUCGCCGGGAUAUGCAUAACGCUCGGCGAGUACCCCAAGGUGCGCUACUACAAACCUCGAGAACCAACCUGGGAGGCAGCGGUGCUCUGCUCCCAUCUGGCGAACUUUGUGCAGCAGGAGCUCGACAUGUACGCGCAAUGGAACAAGAACUUCCCUCCACCGUCGACCCGACCACAGGGCACCUUGCUCAUUACCGACCGCGCCAUGGACAUAAUAUCACCCCUGGUGCACGAGUUCACAUACCAAGCCAUGGCCCAUGAUCUCCUGUCGAUAAAGGAGGGCGAAAAGGUCACAUACCAUACCACAAUCAACCAGGGGACGCCAGAGGCGGAGGAGAAGGACAUGGAACUGAGCGACAAGGACAAGAUCUGGGUAGAGAACCGGCAUCGCCACAUGAAGGACACGAUUGAUAAACUGAUGGGCGACUUUCGCCGAUUCCUGGAGGACAACCCGCAUUUCGCGAACGAAAAUGCGGACACCACCAAUCUCAACGCAAUCAGGGACAUGCUGGCAGGCCUUCCGCAGUUCCAGGAGAUGAAGGAGGCGUACUCCCUGCACCUGACCAUGGCGCAAGAAUGCAUGAACAUCUUUCAACACCAGAAGCUGCCUGAUGUCGCCUCAUCGGAACAGACCAUGGCCACCGGGCUGGAUGAGGACUAUCGCAAACCGAAGAACGUUCUCGACGCUGUAGUGCGGUUGUUAGACGAUGAGGCCAUCAAACCCGCGGAUCGUCUCCGUCUCAUCAUCCUCUACGUGCUAUACCGCGAUGGCGUCGUCUUGGAAGACAUCAAGCGUCUGCUCGCGCACGCAUCACUGCCACAGUCCGACGUCAGCCCCUUUUCUGCACUCGAAUUCCUCGGUGGCCGCGCCAUCCGCCGCGAGCUCAAGGACAUCAAACCUCCUCGACACAUCCUAUUCCCCGAAGACCCUCGCAACGCCCCGCAGAACGAGGAGUACUCGCUCUCCAGACACGACCCCGUUCUCAAACCAGUGUUGGAGAACCUCACAAAGGGAACCCUCGACAGCGUCGACUUCCCCUACGUGAAACCGCCCAUCGACCCCAACGAGGACCUCCUCCUCGCCCAGGGAGCCUCGCUCCGCGCCGGUGGGCCUCGUCCCAACUGGGCCGCCGCCGGUCGUCGCCAAACCGACACCAACCGCCAACGUAUCCUCGUCUUCCUCGCAGGCGGCGCCACCUACUCCGAGUCCCGCGUGGCCUAUGAAGUCUCCCACGAGCGGAACAAGGACGUCAUCCUCGCCACCUCACACAUGCUCACGCCAGCCCUCUACAUCAGACAACUCGGCGAUCUCUGCCGCGGACGGCGACAGCUCGACCUCCCCGCCGACAGACCCAAGCCACGCGCCCCGGCACACGUUUUCGAACGUCCAGCGCCACCGCCGCAACCACAGGCCUCGCUCCCAGCGGCUCCUCGCCCGGGUGCCAUGAGGCCACCUCCGCAACAACAACCCGCACCUGGCCCACGAGGUCCCAGUCCCAAUCAUCCUCCCCGCAUUCCCCCUCCUCCCACCCAACAGAUGGAUAACUUGUCUGUGGGAGGUGGUCCCGAGAAUGGUACAGGAGGCAAACUGCACAAGGAGAAGAAGAGGCGCAAUUUCCUGGGUAUGAAGAAGUAG